CCUGACAUGACCGCAUUAGCGAAAUAUAUAACCAAAGGCGACCAAUAUAUCCCUAUCAUUAGCCCGCCUUUGCAAAAUAUAAAAAAGAAAAUUUUAAAAAUCGUUUCCUUUAUCUUAACAGUACUAAAAUGGAUUCUUUGCUACUUUCGGAAGAAAUAAACCAGCUAAAGAAACUACGUGAACACUAUGAAUAUCAGUUGAAAUUGGUGGGCCUGGAAAUGUGUGAUCUGGAUGAUAAUCUUCAUUUGUUGUUGGACGAUUGUGUGGAACUACAACGUGUUACCAAUGUACAAGAUUUAACGCUGUUAAAUUUGAAAUCAUUUUACUACAAAAAGAAGAAGGAACAUGUAGAGAACGAAGUAAUUAUUGCCAAGUUGAAAAAUGAAAUAAAAAAGCAACAGGAAGAAUUGGAAAAAGAACAAGCGGAAUGUAAUCUUCUGGAGAAAUUUACAACUUCCAUUAGCAAACGUCUGGUGUCUGAGGCUCAAAUGCAAACCACAACAAUGGACAUAGAAGCGAAUAUGAAAAGUCUACAAGAUCGUUUGGAUGCUUUAGCUAUACCGGAAGAUUUUAACAUCGAUGAAUUAAUAAAAAAGGUGAAUUUACUUAGAAAGGAUAAAAGCAAGGAAAAAUAAAGUAUAACCUAUAUUUACCACGGUGUUACUAAAUACAGCAUUGUAUGUUAAUGAGAUCAAAUCACAAAAUUUAAAGAUUUACCUGUACAAAAAUAAAUUCAAAUACAAUUGCCACGAUUUUUCCCAAUGUUUUCCAAAAAACGUUUGGUUUCCUUCAUAAAAAGUGAUUAAAAUUGGAAAUAAGUUGCGUGGAAUUAACCUAGUUUAGUGAAAGUUUUAAACGGGAAAGUAGCUUGUAGGAUGGACCUGGCUACCUUCGACCCAAAUUUUUAUAAAUCCCCCAAAAAGUAAAAAUUAUAUCGGCUGAGGUUAUCUAAACUUUUUAGGAAGUUAUAGCAAAAUAAUCAAAUCUUGGACCCAGAUUUAUUGUAAAACUCCUAAAAAGGGGAAAAAGGGUUCAUUAUGGGAGUCAAUAUAAUAUAUGCCAGAUCAUGGCUGACAUUCAAAUCUACACAGAAAAUAAGGUGGUCUUCAGUUACAUAGACUUAGAUCUACGAGACCCAAUUCAUAGAUGGAUGAUUGCUUAGAUCUUAUAGUCAUGGGUUUAACGCUGAAUUUUAUUGCAACUGAAUUUAAAGCCAUAGAAAAGACAAUUGGUUUCGUGAGUUAACUGACCACCGGUAGAGAGAACAGUCUAAUCACUUAGAUCCUUGUAUAGCUAUGAUUUUUUUUGGGACUAGUCGAAAAUACCAAUUGAAAUCAAAUGACUCAGCAAUGGCUGUGGGACUAGAAAAACAAAACAUAAUGAGCUCAUUCUACGAGCUAGGUUCUUAUACUAAAAUUCAGAGCCACAAAUGUUAGGGGGAAGUGCUUUUCUUCGUUAUUUAUUUUUUUUUCUUUUGUUUCUAUAAAUCAAAUAAAUCGUCCUGCUUCUGCCCGACAACACAAACCCAGAUAAUAAAACACUCGAAUAUAUCUUUUUCAAUAUUUUUAAUUACAUCGUGUAUUUUCCUUGAAAUAAUUAUUUUCUUUUAAAAAAUGACAAAAUAUAUAUGAAAUAUUUAUAAUUCUUCUUAAUAAAAAAAUGUUUAUCAAA